AUGGCAUCGGGACAUAGCUUACCGCCGCCAACACCGCUGGAUAUUCAUGAUCAGAACGCCGCGGAGAAAUGGAAGAAGUUUAAUUUAGCAUGGAAUAGCUAUGCUUUGGCUACUGAGCUUGAUAGAAGUCGGAAGGCGUCCAAGUUGCUACUCUCUUGACGAUCAUAGGAGAAAAGGCUCAUGAUGUGUAUUCCACAUUUAUGGACUGGGCCAAUGAAGGGGACGAAAACAAGAUUGCCCCGGUGCUACAGAAGUUUGCCGAGUAUUGCCAGCCACGAAAGAAUGUACCAUUCGAGCGCUAUCGAUUUAAUCGUCGAACACAAGAAGCGGGAGAAAGCUAUGACCAGUACAAGACUGCACUUUCUAAGCUUGCAGAGGGCUGUGACUUUGACACGAUAACCCUGACGAGAUGCUUAGAGAUCGCUUAA